AUGAGAACCCUCUUUAUUAACGAAUACCAAAAUUCAAGCCUAAGAGUGCUUAACUAUGGCGAUGAGAUGGGUGUUCCUAUAGACAGCAGUUGGAGCAGCUGCGGAGUAGAUACCAGCCUUUCCUGGUACUUUGAAUGCAAUGCGUCGCGUCUGUCUUCGCGAGAGUUCCGCAACACACUUAGUAACGUGUUCAAAUUCAUGGUAAAAGGACAGAGUCAUUACAUACUAAAAGUAAGUAAUUUUCGAGACAUACUAGUCUAAUUAUCUAACAUGCGUGAUGAAAAUGUGAAAAAUUAAGCAACACAUGGAAAUUCGAUUGCCUUUUAUGGAAUGCUUUUUAAAAGAGGACACAGAGACUAAUCUUAAUCCAAAGCCUGACUGCACGUGACGGUAAAAUGGAAAAUAUUGGAUUUGCAUUGAGGGUUGUCAAAAUUCAAAAUAUGAAGUGAAUAGUUAAUUGACCAAGACCAGAUACAGUGGAACCUUGACAUAACGAACCUCCAUAUAACGAAGUCCUCGGUAUGCCGCACGAUUUUGUUUACCCCAGUAAUAGUAAAAUAUAUGGCAAAGUACCUCGAUAUAACGAAACCUCGUUAUAGCGAACACAUUUUUCCAGUCCCUUGGCCCUUCGUUAUAUCGAGGUUCCACUGUAGUCCACCACCACAAAAUUAAGAAAAACAACUGGUUUAUCUGUACACCUUAUUCUACCCUUCUUUUUUUUAUUCCCAAUUCAACCCCAUUUCCACAAAAAGGAUUAGUACUGCCCUGCCCCCUCAAAUUGAUGAAGGGAAGUUCGCAGAGUAGGCAUUAUGAUGGCAUAAUAGUAGACAAGCAAUAUGACAGCCCAUUUCGAUUUAAUACCUUCAGCAUCAUUCAGUAUUUUAAAAAUACACCGAGGUUGCCCCCAAAAUUUUGCAAAGUUAUUGUUUUUAAAGGCUCUAGGGAAGAAGAAGCAUGUGAAAAUUUUCCGACUUAAAACUCACAACGUUUUUAUUUGAGUUCAUAAAGAAAUUACGAGAAAUAUUUAGGGCUCGCCUGUAGUUAGCAAGGCUAGUCGAGGCAAGCGGAAUAAAUACAAAAAUUGGACAUUGAAUAAAUACAUAUUUUAAGCACCGUGCAAACAGACGCAACAUUGCUGGAUGCUACAUCUUGUGCCCGUUUGCACACCCUGUUGCACGUUGUUGCCUGUGUUGACUCCGUCUGCACAGCCCUUCCAACAUUGUUCGGGCCACGCACGCGGAUCACGCAUGUUCUCCAACGUAUUAUGGGGUGUGUCCUUCCCAUGCUGCCCUGCAGGUUCCAACGUUGUUGGUGCCACAAUGUUGGAAGUUGUUGCGUCCGUUUACACGUAGCUUCACAAUAUACAAAUCCUAUUUCUUUUAAAAGCAAGGGGAAAAGGAGGAAAUUAUAAAAUUAAAGGACUGACAAGAGAAUUACUUUUUCAUUUUCACAAUAAUCGUGUCAGCGUCAAUAUUGGAGUCUUCAGUUUGAAGGACAUCAAGUAGCGUUCCUUUUAAUGAUCUUUUAAAGGCUUUUUGCUCUUUUUUUAAGAAUUUGAGUUAUCCCGUUACGAAAUUUUGACCCCAAAAACAAUAGUUGAUGAAACAACUGUGGCGAAGGGAGGGAAAUGUAGUAUAUUUUAAAGCAUUCGAAAGUACAUAAUCACCAAAGCGUGGUCGCUGCACAAACAUACACGUGGAAAUUUGCCUAUGAAUUUAAUGUUGUUUCCAUAUUGCACUAGAUCUCGCUUUUUAAAAAAAUGUUUGUUCGAUAAUGACCUAUUCUUCUCUACAGGUUGAAGGGACUGUGUUAAACGCCCAUAUGCUCAAAGGACGAAUCAUCAAUUUGGGAAUUUUAUGUAGCGGAAAUACAACUCAGACUCAGUAA